CAGCGCCACCCACCUAUUUGCAGGAACCUGGCAAUCGGUGGUAUGGCGGAAAUCUCAGAUUCUCCACCAGACUCAACAAAAUCAAUGUCAGAAAAUAUACAAACUCAUACGACAGAUUCCACUUCAGAAUUCGAUUCUAAAACCAUGCGAAAAACCAAACCCGGUAUCAAACGUCUCAUCAUGAGCGUCACAGUCCUCAUCUCUUUCAUCCUAGGUUUUCCAUUUCUCUGGAAAUCCAUCGAAAUCUACCGUGCUCCUCUCCCAUUCGAUCAAAUUGACUCUUUCUCCUCGAUAAUCGAGUCGAAUCCACUGCUAUUCCCGUGUCGCUUUCGUGCUAUCUUCGUCGGUUUCAAUUUCAGGGUUUCGCAAUUCGAAGUUGGAGCGGAAAUUAGGAGUAAAAUGUCCGAACUAACCCCCGGUGCUUCGCGAUGUGGCUGCGACGGCAAUUACUCUGUGUCAGCCGAUGAAGUCAAGAAUGUUGAUUUUGAAGGGAAAUUGACGGGAAGUGACGAAGAGGCAGAUGAAUUUGUGAAGAGUGUAGUGAAUGUGUAUGGUGAAGAUAAGACUUAUAGUGUUUUGGUUGUGAAUGAAGGGGAAGAGGUGAGGACUGUGAUUGGUAAGUAUAGACAUGCAUGGAUUGUUGGAAAGGUUUCGGAGGAAGAAGCUGUGUUGCGUGUGGCUGAGAUUUUUUCUAAGGUGUUUGUUAAUGGUGGGAGUGAAGAUGGUUCGAUUCGCGGCGAGUUUAUGCCUGUUGGUUCUGAUGGGAGGAUCGUUCUUUCUUUCAGUUUGCUUAAUGCUGACCCAAGGGAUUGGAUUUAUGAUUGGGAUUUUGGUGAAAUAGAUCACACUUUGUUGCAACCUGUAAUUGAGGCUUUGCAACCUAUAGCUGAUGUCACUGUUGAAAGCCAGGUUUUGUACCACGUACCAAAGUCUUCAUUUUCUUACUGGGAUGACAAGCAUGGCAGCCACAUAUUCAGUACCGAGGAUCUUCCUUUUUUUGUUAACUCCAAUGAGUGGCACUUAGAUACUUCAGUUGCAGCUGGUGGGAGAUCAAAAGUAUUGCAACUUGUGGUGUAUAUUACUUCAGCNAAAGAGUGUCCUCUUCAGCUGGAGCUUCCGAAUGGAGAGAUCUCUAAGACUAAUGGCUUUAUAUCUCCAAUGUGGGGAGGUGUUGUGGUAUGGAACCCCCAAAGCUGUAUAAAGGAUUUGCAAAGUAAGGAUCCUGUCAGACAUAUGAUUUCUCCUCAGGAUCUUGAGAAGCUUUUUGAAGUUCUCAUGGGGCAGCUACGACAACUUCUUGGUCUGAAGUCAGAUCACCUUUAUGUUGGUGAGUCAGGCACAUCCAUUCUCCUAGGGAGUGAAAGAGGUUUCACAGAAUGGGAAUUGGAUGUUUUGUCACGGAAGCAUUUCUGCUUUAAUCUCCUUUCAUGUGCCACAACGCUUGGAUCUCUAUCUAGAUUGGUACAAUCAUUACCAAGGAUGAUUAUCAUGGAUGAAAUUGGAAAACAGGUAAAGUUUUCUUUGGAGGCUGCAAAAUCUGCUCAAACUAAUGCAACUGUAGGAAUGUAUGAUGCUUCGGCCGUAUCAUCAAGGCAAUCGAGAUCUCUUGCAGAGGAUGCCUUUUUGCACCCUUCAAUUAUGUCCAUCAGCUAUUAUUCGUUUGAGCAUUGUUUUGCCAUCUAUGCGCCAUUUUUUCUGCCAGUUAUAAUGCAUGUCCUCCUAGCUGCAUUAAGAGAAUGGAAAAGAUACAAACAAGAAAAUAGAAAAUACUUGGCUUGGAAGACCAAAGCAAAAGCUACAUCUUAAUUCUUGAUCAAAGAUGACAGGUUGAAGCAAAUUUCCAGGUAGUUGAGGUCUUAUCAGUGUCCUCUCUCCCAAUGCUUUAGCUUUGUGAAUUUUGUUGAAAAAUGACAGUAGUGCUGACACGGUCCUUAGGACAAACUAGUGUAUACUAAGAACAAGGCAUUGAUGCGGUGGCUCUUGGUUGUAACAUAUUUUUUAUUUAAAAAAGCGGUUGUUUAUGAGCAAAUGAAGGGCAAAGUGCACUUAACAAUUUUUUUCGGUA